AUGGCCACCCUUAAAUCUCUGAUGAAGCUCAAGAUCUGUAAAAAAAAAAAAGGACCAAGAAAGUUCAUCCAGUACCAGUCAGACCCAUAUGUCAAAAUAAUGCACAACUGGGAAAAACCCAAAGGCAUUGACAAUAGGAAACAUAGAAGAUUCAAGGGCCAGAUCUUGAUGCCCAACACUGGUUACAGGAGCAACAAGGAACAAAGCACAUGCUUCCCAAAGUUCCUAAUCCACAGCAUUAAGGAGCUUGAAGUGCUACUGAUGUGCAACAAAUCUCACUGGGCAGAGAUUGCUCACAAUGUCUCCUCCAAGAACCUCAAAGCCACUGUAGAAACAGCAGCCCAGUUUCCCAUCAGAGUCACCAAUCCCAAUGCCAGGCUGUGCAGCAAAGAAAAUGAAUGGAUAACUUGUGUACCAGGCACGAGUAUCACAGUCCCUCCUCGGAAGCUGGACACAAGCAGAGAAUGUGCAUUCUUGACUAUUGGCAGCCAUGCGCGUGCCAACAGGAUCUACUUGGAAAACCUACCCAAUACUUGGCAGCAGCAGAAGCUUGUAUUAAGCUCUCUUAUAAAGAAGCUUGACAGAGCAUGGAAGAGUCUUCUAUCCCUGAGCUGGAAGGAGAGUGUGCUGUGUUUGAAUCGGGACACAGUGGAGGUCCUCUUACACCUGCUGACUCAGGAAGAAGCAUCCACCAUCCACACCGGGAGCCCUGGUCAGCCACGAGGAAUGGGGGAAGUUUACAGCUGGACCACCGUGCUCAAGAGUCAACUCCACGUUAAGAAUUACCGAGGCCUUUUGCCAACAUGA